ACAAACCGUAUCAGAAUCAGACUUGAAAGAAACAUGGAGAAUCUUGACUAACCAACUUUAUGCAUUCUCUAUAUAUACUCAAGCAACACUGGAAGAUUACCAUAUAUAUAUCAUAUCCUUCAAAAGAGCACCUGCAAUAUCCGAUUGUGAUGGACUCAGGGAAAGAAGAGGGUGUGGCAGUAGCAGCAGCUACCAGCCCGGAAUCGAAGAGGACCAGGAGCAAUGGCAAAGGGAAAGGCAUUCUUAAUGCUGCUCCUCCUUCUGCUACUGUGGUUUCCACAAAAGCUACCCCACUCCCAAGAGGUGGAUGGAAAAAGGGUGUUGCAAUCCUGGAUUUCAUCCUUAGGCUCGGAGCCAUCGGUUCUGCUCUAGGUGCUGCUGCCAUCAUGGGGAACAAUGAACAGAUUCUUCCAUUCUUCACGCAGUUCUUUGAGUUUCAUGCUCAAUGGAGUAAUUUUCCACAGUUCCAGUUUUUUGUGUUUGCAAAUGGAAUGGCAGGUGGAUUCCUCGUCCUUUCCUUGCCAUUUUCGAUAGUCUGCAUUGUUCGUCCUUUUGCAGUAGGGCCAAGGCUUCUACUAGUGAUCGUAGACAUAUUGGUGAUGGCUUUAGUGAUGGCAACUGCUUCGUCUGCUGCAGCUGUUGUGUACUUAGCUCACAAUGGAAGCCAAGAUGCCAAUUGGAUUGCCAUUUGUCAACAAUUCACUGACUUCUGCCAGGCUGGCAGUGAGUCUGUGGUGGCUUCUUUCGUUGCUGCGCUUUUCUUAAUUUGCUUGAUUCUGGUGUCCGCUGUGGCUCUCAAAAGAGGUUGAAAGGAGAAAUUAAUUGAAUGUAAAUUGCUAAAUGGUGCUGCUUCAGCUUCACAGAAGUCGCUCUUAUAUAAUUAUUAUUGUCAACUUGUAUGAGUUUGUGGUGUCACUCAUGUUUACUACAUUAAAAUGAAAUAUAUCAUGUUCAAGGUUUCUGCUUCCUACAAAUCCAGCGUUGUAUAUCCCAGCACA